CCCUUUGCGGAGCGCUGUGGUGCGGCGCGGACCCGCUCGGCUGCUGCUGCUCGCCCGCCAUGGCGCUGCCCGGCAGUUGACGUUGGGCUUCUCCCCUCUCUUCUCCCUCCUCCUCCCGGCUCCCGCCGCGGGCGGUCGGCACCGGCGGCGCCGGGUCCCCCCGCUCCCGUCAGGCACAGGCUGUAGCGGCCGGGCCGGGCGGCCGCCGCCCGCGCCAUGAACAUCAUCAUCGGCAUCGGCGGGGUGACGAACGGCGGCAAGACCACGCUCACCCGCAAGCUCACGCAGGCCCUGCCCAGCUGCAGCGUGGUGCACCAGGACGACUUCUUCAAGCCUCAGGAUGAAAUAGAAGUUGAAGAUGGGUUUAAGCAGUAUGACGUGAUUAGUGCACUGGACAUGGAAGCAAUGAUGAGCACCAUAAAUGCUUGGAUAAAAAACCCCGUCAAGUUUGAACGCUCUCAUGGGAUCAAUAACACCCUGGAUGCCCCAAUCUCACAAGACAAAGAGGGAGGAGAUGAUACCAUCCACAUUCUUAUUGUUGAAGGCUUCCUGCUUUACACCUACAGGCCACUGAUCGAUGUUUUCCACCACCGAUACUUCCUUUCCAUUCCCUAUGAAGAAUGUAAAAGGAGAAGAAGUUCAAGAAACUACACUGUACCAGAUCCACCUGGAUUGUUUGAUGGCCAUGUCUGGCCUAUGUAUGUAAAGCACAGGAAGAUAAUGGAAGAUCUUGGAGUUGAUGUGGUGCACUUGAAUGGAACAAAGUCCAAGGAGGAACUGUUUAAUGAGGUGUAUGGACAGAUUCAGAACAAGAUUGAAGAACUACUUAACAUGCAGAAAUAAGCUGCUCUCGAUUCUUGUGGUUGAAGAAGCUUCCUGUUUGCUCCAMGAUGUGUACCUGACCACCGCUAAAGUUCCAGCUUCUGUGAAGACUCUUAACUCUUGUUCAAUCUUCCCUUGAAACUCAGUUAAAGAAGGUCAUAAUUAAAGAACAU